AUGCGGGAAAACGGCUGCCAUGGAUUCGCCCUGAAGAAGGUUCAGGACAGCUUCAUUUGUCAACUCCUCUCCAAGAACUCUACAAUUGCUGUAGAUCCUGAUAGAACAUCUAAGAUCUCUGUUUCGGAAACAAUUGCUCCACAAGAAUUCGAAUUUGCGAUGGUCACGGGGAAAAUUCAUUUUCUGAGAGCGAUGGGGAUAGGACAAAACGUGAAAGCAAAGAGCACUUGCAAAGGCGAAGGUUUGGCUCACCUCGUUAUGGACGAUCGAGGUCAAGAGUGGCACGAUUACGUCCUUGAAUUCAUGGAGUCACAUUUCCCAUCCCAAGACAAGUUUUGGAUCGGAGCUGACGACAUUAAUUGGGAUGACCGGUUUUCUUGGGUUGAUGGGACUUUGGUGGCUGAUUCAAUGAAGACCUUCUGGCUUCUGGGUGAACCGAAUUUCCAGAGUGGAAACCAGAACGCGAGAUGCGUCGUGAAGUCUUACGGGAUUAAGGAAGAUUCCAUGUUCAUAAUCUUGUUUGCUGCAAGAGCCAAUUUCAAAGAUGCUGGCGCGUUUGGCGUCGGGAUAUAUGUCAUGAUGAAUCAGUCUCCUGUGGAAUGA